GAAUUGAAAUGAAAGAUGAAUUGAAAAGGCAUGUGUUAAAAACACUAGAGUAGGUUCCUAUGGGAGAUGAGAGAUGGAACAAUAAAAUAAGACCUUGCAUGAGCCAAAAAUAAGAGUACCGUGAAAUAGGAAGUGUUAUCAACUCAAUUAGCAAGUACAAGGGCCUUAAAAAGGAGGGCAGAGUGUGGUUAGUAAGGGUCAGAUGAUGAAGACCUUUGUAAGCCAUGUUGAAAGAGUUUGAACUUGAUCCUGAAGGCAUAGGGCAGUGUCGAGGAAUAAAAAUCCUGCCAAGCCAGAGAAUCCUCUCCACAAGACAUAGAAAAGAAAGCAGUUUUAUUACUGAAUGAGCAUAUCCAGAUUAUAAUGCAUUAUAGGUAAUCUGUGAAUGAGAUUACAAAGACAGAAAUUCUGCCUUGUUUAUACGGCCAAGCAGUUAAAACUAUUCUGUUUUUAGCCAUUACAUACAUAAAUUCUCAAGAUUAAUGGCAUCUUGUCUUCCCAUAAAAAGAUUUGACUGCACCAUUUGCUUCAAAUUCUUUUAUAAAGUUCAUCCUAAAUUCACGUGAUAAUUGAGGUAGCCAUUUAUUUUAGCUGAUUGCCUUUAUCUGAAGGAAUAAUAAAACUUGUCUUAUUUCUAUGACAAGCAUAUGGUUAUAGCUCAGAAAAAGGUGCCUCGGUUAAAGUCCCACAGUGAAUGGGAGAUAGGAGUGUUGUGUUCCUAGAUCUUUACAUUUGAAAGGAAUGACUCCUUUGAGUCAUUUGAAAAAUUGUCGGGUUGUAAAGCUGCCAAGAAGCUUGCUCAGCUUCUAACUGGGAUUUUUUUUUUCAGGUGGCUAGGUUGGAAGGACAAGGGAGUUGAGGACAUUGGCAAGGGAGUGGUUGAAGUGAUGAAUCAUGGAGCCUAAAAUGGAUAGGGAAAGAAGUGAAGUGGGAGAGACUGAGAGCAAGAAGGAGAGGAUCAGAGGGCUGAGAGUCUUGAAGAGUAAAGUAUAAUAUGAAUUUUUCUCAGUCAAAAUUAACAUUGCAAAAUAAGCCAACAUGUCUGUCGAUCCAAUGACCUAUGAGGCCCAGUUCUUUGGCUUCACACCACAAACUUGCAUGCUUAGGAUCUACACUGCGUUUCAAGACUACCUGUUUGAAGUGAUGCAGGCUGUUGAACAGGUUAUUCUGAAGAAGCUGGAUGGCAGCCCAGACUGUGAGAUUAGCCCAGUCCAGAUUCGUAAAUGCACGGAGAAAUUUCUUUGCUUCAUGAAAGGGCGUUUUGAUAACCUUUUUGGCAAAAUGGAGCAGCUAUUUUUACAGUUGAUUUUGCGUAUUCCCCCAAACAUCUUGCUUCCGGAAGAUAAGUCUCAGGAUAUGCAUCCUUGUAGUGAGGAAGAAUUCCAGCUUCUCCAAAAAGAAAUUGAACAGUUACAGGAGAAGUAUAAGACUGAAUUAUGCACGAAGCAGGCCCUUCUUGCAGAAUUAGAAGAGCAAAAAAUCGUUCAGGCCAAACUCAAACAGACAUUGGCUUUGUUUGAUGAGCUUGAAAAUGUUGGCAGAGAUCAUGGGACUAGUGAUUUUAGGGAGAGCUUGGUAUUCCUGGUCCAGAACUCCAGAAAACUACAGAAUAUUAGAGACAAUGUGGAAAAAGAAGGGAAAAAACUGAAAAUAUCUUAAUUUCUAAGUAGUAAAAGGAGCCUUUCAGAAAGUAGAAUGGUAAGGGAUUUACAUCAAUGACUAUUAUUUUAGUAAACUAUAUAUUUUAUUGGAUUUUCCUUAUUCAUUCUUUCUCGUAUUCCACGUCUUCCUCUUUUUUGGUCCACUCUCCUGAAGUGUCUAUGUACUACCCUGAACUCAUCUUUGAAGCAUCUGUUCUUAGAGGCCCCUAAUAUGGGAAGGGAUUCUUGAUUCAAUAAUGACUCAUUUGGGGCAUGAUUGAAGAAGUAAAGCUUUCCCUGGCUAAAGAUAUUUGUAAAAUUGUACCUUGGUCGUGAGUCCUUUGUUAACCUCCAUCCUUUUUACUUAUUCUUUGGAUGAGACCAAAUUAGAAAAAGGUUAAAUGAGUGCCUUCUUUAUUAACCAGCUGCUACACUGUGGGGCAGCCCACACAGAAGUCUUGCGCUUGCCCAGUAACUUAAUUCUACACCAGGAAGUUGAUAACUAGUUGAAAGAAGCAAGUAGCAGAAAGGACAACCAUGAUCUUUAGUGAAGAAGAAAGAAGUUUUUGUUUCCAAAAUAAAUCCUUUCUUUGACCAAGGCCUUGGUGAUGGUAAGCAGUUUGCUGUGUUGAAGUUCAGCAGUAGAAGACCUUGGACAAAAGAGAAGCAGAUCUCACUGGAACAGAAAAGGAAGAAGCCUGGAACAUACCCAAGGAAAAGUUUAUAUUGACUGAUUGUUAGGUGUUUGUAACAAUUUUUUUUUCAUACUUCAGUUAGUUUUGGAAUCUACCUUGUACCUAAUAUUUAACUUAUUUAUUCACACUCAUAAGCAUCAAAUAUUUAGUACCCUCAGUGGGAAAUUUUAGCUGUCUUGUCCUUAAAUUCAGUGGAGUCUGAUAUUUCCUUUUGUAAUUAGUCCAUGUAAAGUGUUAGAUCACCCAAGGAAAGGGGAGAAAUAGCAAUCAUGGCUCUUAAGGUAUUGCUUGCCCGCAUGUCUUCCUAAAGAAUGGGACUCAGAGUUUCUCCUUUAUAUAGAGGAGUAACUUAGGGUAUUAAUAUUUGCAAUUAAAUAUUCAAAGACACAGGAAGCCUGUGUUUACCUGGAACAUGUUUAUUAUCGAAGAGUCCUUUUUCCAAUCCUGUACAUUAAAUACAUUUAUUUUAAAAGCUUUGGUUUUUGA